UUUGGGUCAGCAAUUUGCAACUUUUGAAGUAAUUAUACUUGUAGCAAUGAUGUUGAAAAAAUUUAAGUUUAAAUUAGUGCCUGGACAAAAAUCACCACCGGAAUUUAAAGAUGACAUUACAUUACCGAUGAAGGAUCCCCUUAUGACUAAAGUGUCAUAUAGAACUAAAAAUUGA